AUGGUCAGCACCAGCAAUCUCCCUCUCAGCGGUAAAGUCGCCGUGGUAACUGGCGGUGGGCGAGGCAUUGGCGCCGGGAUUGCCCUCGAACUGGCCCGUCGGGGAGCCUCGGUAGCCAUCAACUACGGCCACAGCGCGCAAUCGGCGCAGGAGGUGGUCGACGCCAUCCAGGCCAUCGGCAGCAAGGCCGCGGCUUUCAAGGCAGAUCUGACCCACGUCCCCAGCAUUGAGUCGCUCAUCCAGCAGGUGGUGAGCCACUUCGGACGGCUGGACAUCGUGGUGUCUAACUCGGGCAUGGAGAAGUUCUGCCCGCUGGAACAGACGACAGUGGACGACUUCAACGAGGUGUUUAACCUGAACACACGGGCACAGCUGUUCGUCGCCCGGUAUGCCUACGAGCACAUCCAGCCGGGAGGACGCGUGAUUCUCAUGUCGUCUAUUGCCGCUGGUGUAGGCGUUCCAGGGCAUGCACUGUACGCGGGCAGCAAAGCGGCCGUGGAGGGCUUCACCCGCUGUCUAGCAGCGGACUUUGGCCGCAAGCAGUGCACGGUGAACGCGAUUGCACCGGCCGGGGUGAAGAGCGACAUGUGGCGGGAGAAUUCGUGGCGGUAUGCGCCUGGAUGCGACCAGGGGUCUUCGCUGGAGGAGAUUGAGAAGGCGCUGGCCAACGGGAGCCCGCUGCAACGUUGCGGCGAGCCGGCAGACAUUGGCAAGAUAGUGUCAUUCCUGGCGGGCCCGGAUUCGGAAUGGGUGAAUGGCCAGAUUAUCCCAGUCAAUGGAGGUGCCAACAUUUAG